AUGUCUUCCCCAGUUGCAUCGUCCGUCGUGGCUAGCCUCCAGGCAACGCCAACGAAGUCCUCGACCAGCAGGAAGGACGAUCAUAUCGAACAGCAUCGCUCGAACGCAAUAGAAAACACAACGACCGUGGGGCAAGACCCUCUCUCGUCGUCGCCGCCGCAGUCUGAAAGACGCUCCCCAUCGUACGCUGAAAUGGCGGCCAAGGCUCCGUUCCCUAUGCGAAGCUUGAAGUCGGUUACAACGUAUUCCGAGAACAUCGCUCCAGAGCCACAGCCACAGUCCCCGACCCCACCCACAAACACCACCGCCACCGUCUUUGACGACAGCGAGCCGGAGGGCGGAGAGUGGAAGGUCGCCGGUAAGAACAAAAAGAAGAAGGCCGUGAGCGCAAUGAAGUUCAAGAAAUCCAAGAAAGUCGUCGUUGAAACUCCGUCCCGCACGACACCUGCGACCAGCAAUGAGUCUCGUAAGAGAAGGAGGACCGUGCACGACCUCGGGAACGACGAUGAGCCCACGGUCACUGCUAUCCAGCAAGAGCCCUCGCGCAAGGCGGGCACGAGUAAUGAAACAAUGGACAUCGACUUCGCCAUCGCCUCCGAGGAUGACUACACCGACCUCCCCGAUCUGCUCCCCGUCGACGAUGACGACGACGACGACGACGAGGAAUACAAUGACAACGACGAUGAGCACGACCAGGUGACGCCGACGAACGCACCCUCGAACACCUCCUCGAGGUCGGUCCUUGACGGCCGCGAAGAGCGCAAUGGACACAUGCAGUUUGUCUACCGCGGCGAGACGUUCCCCUUCCCGAUCCCGCCGUCCUCCUCCCCUCUGAACGCCCUGCCUCAGACGCCGCCCCCGCAUCAGCGAGGACGUAGCUCCCGCAGCCAGCACACUGGCGCCACGCAGGCAGCCCCGGUGAAAGGCAACCUGUGGGCGUACGACAGCGACGACGCCCUCGCGUCCCCAGCCCCUCGAUCACACAAAUCAAGCCGGCUAUCUGACAUCCUCAUGCCUGACGCCUCGCCCGCACGACCCACGUCUUCACAGUCCCGCCGCCGCCGCCCUAAAAAGCGAGCAAAUAGGCGUCGUCUUAGCAACCUGGCCCGUAAAGCUCGCGGAGCCUCGUCUUCAGCCUCUGCGUCUCCCACCUCCUCAGACGACGAGAGGAUCCCCUUCGACGCUGAGAAUCUGGACCCUGACGUUACGGUCCCACCACGCAGCCUGUGGCGUAAGCCGCAAGGCGACCGUCCCGACUGGAAGGCGCGCGGUAUGGCCACCACGCAGAAAGAAGCAUGGGACGAGAUUGACGAAACGCAGGCGGUCGUUGCCAUCCAAAUCCCGAACCAUGGCACGGAGGAACCCGGCCUAGACGAGCGCAUCGCCGCCAUGACGAACGCCUUCGUACGCGACCUCCGCAUUCCUAACGUCGCUUUCAUCCCCGCGUACUCUCUGGAAGGCUUCCAUGGCCCCAACAAAGAGCCCCACUGGUACCUCGCGCGCGGCAUGUCCCUUCUGAUCUGCAUCGCGCUCGUGCGUAUGGGGUGGCUUAACUCCUCUACGGUGACUCUUAACUUCGACUUUUGGCGCGACACCAACCCGCUUCUAUGCGGCAUGUGGCGACUCAUCCACCGCUUCGGCGCGCAGUCGAAAGAUGAGUAUCUCAAACUCGUCCGACGCGAGCUGCUGAGCUCCGAGCUCUACUGCGUAAUGAUGCACGUCAUCGCCAAAGACGUCGCGCGAGGGGGCUUCUGGGAGGGCUUCUCGCCUGACGAGGCCCUCAACAUGAUUCUUAACUCUGUUGAUGUCGACAUCAUCCCAGCGCGCACGGUAGGGAACGCAGUCGAGCCCGUCGCAGUCCUGCAUGUCACUCCCCCGACAGCCGACCGAAAGGACUGGCUGCGAUUCUGCGACAUGCUGCGCAAGCAUGGCUUUGGAUCGUCGGAGACAGGACACCCUGUCGCCUUCACAGGUCGUCUCUGCAAGCGCAGGCCCCCCUCGCACAGCAGCAGCAAAAUGGCGGGGCUCUCGGAGGCCGAGGACGCGGCCGUGGACUUGGCCGCGGACUACCUCGUGGCCGCGGAGGUCCGAUGCGAGGAGGACGUGGAUACUGAAACCGUCAAGGGUAUGUCUACGCUCGUCUUCGUACAUAUCUCUCUCUUCGCCUACUGCUCCGUAACGAUGUCCUAA